UUACUACAGUUCACUAUAAAUUUCAGAGGUUAUGUGCGGCUUCUGGGAAUCCCCACUCCUCGUUAUUUCAUGAAUUCUACUUCUCGUUACAUUUGAAAUAAGUGAACUUUUACAGCGCAGUAUCAUCCUUCCUGCAACACUCCUGUUUGGCACAUCGUCUCUCCAUUUCAAAAGCUUGUCUUCAGUAAUAAACAUAGAUGGAGAAACGCGAUACGGUGAUGAACUCUUUUAAGGAACUCGCAGAAUUUCUCGAUGACACAAAAUAUGAACGGCAAUUAUAUGCCCAUACUUAUAGUAUAAACGAUAUUGGAUUCAUUCUCAACAAGUUAGGAAGAACAACGUAUAAAAUAGUUCUCGAAGAAAAUUGUUCUUUGACCUGGGAGUUGAAGUUAAGCUGUUCUAGUGGUUAUUUGGAAAUGCAUCUUCUCCCACAGAACACAAUCACAAGAUGUCGAGAUCAUUUGACGCUUUGUUGUCACUUUGAUUACGAAUCAUGCAUGAAGUGCACUUCAAAGUUUGCAUUUAUACGUUACAUUAUAACGAUAUCGUAUCGUGGUCCUGGUGGUCAGGAUAGUUGGACUAAAAAAAUUGAUUCAAACUUUUGGAUGCGUUAUUCUGAAUCAUUGUUUAAGGAUAUGACAGGAUAUGCAGUACCAUUCACGGAAUGGAAAAGUUCCGAUGUACUUACGGUAACUUGUAAGUUUUAUGUAAUAGAAGAGAAACAGUCUGCUCGUCAAGAAAGAGAUCCCUUCCAAGAACCCUCGCAGCAUAUCAGUAGCGUCUCAAAGUACCUUUGGAAAAGCAGACAAUUCAGUGAUGUGACCCUCGUAGCUUUAAACAAACAAUUUCAUGCGCAUAAGGCUGUACUUGCUGCGAAUAGUCCAGUUUUCCAGAAGAUGUUUGAGAGCGAGAUGCAAGAAGUAACCAGAAAUACAGUAAAAAUAACGGACGUGGAAGGCACUCUAGUUGAGUUAAUGCUCAAAUUCCUUUAUCUUGGACCCAUCGACGAAGUGAAAAACAAAGCUUAUGAGCUAGUAUAUCUAGCUGAUAAAUACGACAUUAAAACUAUGAAGGAAAUGUGCCAAAAUGUUUUACAUACAAAAAUCACUCCGGAAAACUCGGUGAAUACUUUAAUCCUUGCCGAUAAACACAAUUUACAAUUAUUGAGAUCCUCAACUAUCCGAUACAUUGUCAAGAAUGUUAAAGUAAUUAGAAAUAGACCAGAAUUCCCGCUAUUAAAGGCAUGUCCUGAUUUACUCUAUGAGAUUCUUUGUGAAAGUACUGAAUCGGUUACCAUAAAAGGUGCGGACAGACAUAAUUUGGAAAAUGAAAAUUUGCCCAAAACUUCUGUAUAACAUGUGAAUAUCCGUUGUGUAUUUUAUAACGUUCAGUUUUCGUUUUGAAAUUCUUCAUAACGUCAUUAUAUUUUUAUAUAUUUCACAGUGUGGUGUUUAUAUUUUUGUUAUAUUUUGAUAAACAAAUAAAUUCUGUAUGAAAAAUGAAAUUUCACGAGUCUCGGGACCAACUUUAGUCUCCAUAUUUCCGUGCUAAAAUUUGGAACGAAUCGAUACACCCAACUCAGAGAAUACUUUCACCAACGAUUUGACCAUUCCGAUAUAUA